AUGGCCGAACUUACUCGGGAGCUGCUGACACCUACGUUAGCCGUUGUUACUCCGAAAUCGAAUCGGAGCAAUCAGCAACGCCGUGCGUGCAUACGUCACACGUCGUACCAUGCUUCCACAAAACCGGCGUAUCAGAGGACACGAGUCACUGCUUCUCUAUCUUACAAUACGAUAUGGAUUUUGUCAAAACAAGAAAGUUAUCUUUCAGUAGGAGAUAGAUUUGGUCUAUCCAAAAGUACCGGACAUGGUAUAGUAAAAGAAAUUGUAAAUGUAUUGGUUCAGUUAAUACCAGAAUAUAUCGUAUGGCCUAACAGACAAAUGUGCAACAUAUCAUCUACUAUUUUUGAACGACGUUCAGGUGGUUUUCCUGGUGUUGUAGGUGCGAUCGAUGGUGUCCAUAUCAAAUGUAAGGCUCCUCCUGGAAAUGCUAAUGAUUAUUACAACAGAAAAGGAUUUCAUUCCAUUAUCUUGCAAGGUGUAUGUGAUCACACAGGCCGUUUUAUUAAUAUAUACACUGGACUACCAGGCCGUAUGCACGAUGCUCGUGUUUUUAGAUAUAGUAACCCGUACGGACAAUUAACAAAUGCGGAAGAUCCAUUAUUGCCAUCACAACUACAUUUAAUAGGAGAUGCAGCCUACCCUUUACUACAUAAUUUAAUGACUCCAAAUAAAGAUACCGGUCAUUUGACAAGAAAACAAAUAAUUUACAACACCAAAUUAUCGUGUAUUCGUAGCAUUAUUGAAAGAACUUAUGGUUUUUUAAAAACAAUAUUU